GGCGCGAAGGAGAAACAUUGAGUUUGUAUUUAGUAAGUAAGUAAAGGAAAAUAUAUAACUAUAAAGAUUGUUUGAUUACUACAUUGGCGACGAGGAUAAAUUAUGGCAAUGAAUGGCUUACAGCCAAUGCCUUUGUUCGAACCGAAAGCUGAUCCAACGAAUACAAGCGCUCGAUGGACACAGUGGAUUCAACGUUUUAACACAUAUUUAGUCGCUUCAAAUGUGAAGGACAAUGCACGUAAAAGAGCACUAUUAUUGUAUCAAGCCGGACCUGAAGUUCACGAGAUAUUCAAAACAUUGCCUGACACAGAAGACGAGAAAAAUUACGAAGCUGCUGUCAAUGCCCUCACUGCAUAUUUUGAACCAGAAAAAAAUCGAAUCUAUCAAACAUAUAUGUUUAGACAAGCAUCUCAACAAGAUAAUGAAACCAUCGACGAAUUUCACACACGCUUGAGACGAUUAGCAAAACAUUGUGAGUUCGUGGAUGUUGAAUUCGAAAUCAAAAUGCAAAUUGUGUGCAACGGUACAUCCUCGAGACUGCGUAAGAAAGCUUUAAAAGAAAGCAAUUAUUCACUCAAAGAUAUGUUGAUCGAUGGUCGAAAAUCAGAAACUUGCAGUGCACAAGCCAGUGGCAUGGAAGAAAAAUUUAAGGAUGUACAACUUAAUCAAGUUGAGAGGAAACCUGCUCAAUCUAAGUGCUAUAACUGUGGAUUUGCUUACCCUCAUUUGGAUCGUCCUUGUCCGGCCGCAAAUUCAACUUGUAACUCGUGUGGCAUACUUGGUCAUUUCUCUAGAGUGUGUCGAAAGAAAGAAUCGCGUCGUUUUUCCAAGCCACAAAUAGCACAAGAAUCGCCUCGACAACGAGAACAACCAAAAGAGCCGUUUAAAUCCGAAUCCACGAGAAACAAGCGAAGAAAUCGUGUACGGGCUGUCAACAAACAUCUCGAUUCGUCGACGGAGACUAGUUCUGAGGAAGAUUAUGUUUAUACUGUGGAAAACAAAAGCGACCCAAAGACGACAGCAAAAAUACGAGUUAAUUCUGUUGAAAUCAAUUUCAUUGUUGACACGGGAGCGACAGUUGACGUUAUCGACUCCAAAACCUAUGAUCGCCUCAAAUCCAGCGUCAAAUUAUGCAAAAGUACGACCAAGAUAUUCGCUUAUAGUUCAACCAAACCACUACCUCUUAAAGGUGAAUUUCAGGCAACGGUAGAAUCGAACAAACGUUAUACUGUUUCUGUUAUUCACGUUGUCGAAGGCUGCUCUGGAAAUCUACUUAGUGCACGGGCAAUAGGACAGGUGUAGUGUUGUUAAAUAGAAAGUUAGAAAUGGUAUUGUACUUACUCAUGUAUUAUAAUUAUGUUUAAAAGAUCAGAAUAUUCAUAACUUCUUAUUUUGUUUCAUAAAUAGUUCUUUAAUAUUCGAAACAAAUUCCAUAUCUGCUUCGUCUGCCAUCGCCAUGUUUACUCGUCCCAAUCUACAUGCUGCAUGGCAUUGCCGCCCCUCCUGGCAAAAUAAUAAGCAAGCGAGAAAAGUUAAGGAGAAAUAAGAGGGUAGGAACAUUGUGGGCGUUUCGUGGGUGUGUCAUUGUUCUGGGCGAAUCGGCUUUCGCAAUCUUGUAUCACAUGACUAAUUCAAAUCGUCAUAGGCGGGAAGCAGCAUUACGUCAUCCCUACGCCAAAUAAAACGUUAUAAAACGCGUCGAGGAUACGUUUGUGCCAUAUAUGGAAGUUAUGGAUAUGUUUGUGCCAUAUAUGGAAGUGUCACUGCAUCCAGCUUAUAACAACGAUGUUCCUACCCUCUUAUUUCUCCUUAACUUUUCUCGCUUGCUUAUUAUUUUGCCAGGAGGGGCGGCAAUGCCGUGCAGCAUGUAGAUUGGGACGAGUAAACAUGGCGAUGGCAGACGAAGCAGAUAUGGAAUUUGUUUCGAAUAUUAAAGAACUAUUUAUGAAACAAAAUAAGAAGUUAUGAAUAUUCUGAUCUUUUAAACAUAAUUAUAAUGCAUGAGUAAGUAUAAUACCAUUUCUAACUUUCUAUUUAACAACACUACACCUGUCCUAUUGCCCGUCCUUAGUGCGAAAACCGCUCAAGAUUUGGCAUUAAUUCAAUUAGUAAACAAGGUCACGGAACUUGAAACGCCGCCGAAACCGGAACUUUCUAAACCGGAAACUCAGCCCAUACUGCCCGGAAACACGGAGAACACGGAUAAACAGCAGCCAAUGCCUCAUGCAUCGACGCCAAAAUGCGAAGACCAAGAGAUCCAGAAGAUUAUUGAUAAAUACGCAACUGUUUUCGUUGGUGAAGGGAAAUUGAACACUCAACAAGUCGGGUUACAUAUUAAUGAAAAUAUUAAACCAGUGGUUCAACCGCAGCGUCGUAUACCAUACCAUAUACGCAAUGACGUAUCAAAGGCGUUGCAGAAAUUGGUUGUGGAAGAUAUGAUCGAAAAAGUCUGUGACCAACCUACCCCGUGGAUUUCGCCAAUUGUGUGUACCCCAAAGAAAGACGGUGGAACACGAAUCUGUGUUGACAUGAGAGCAGCCAACCAAGCGAUUAAGCGAGAAAGACACAUUAUGCCAACGCUUUCUGAUUUCCGUGCGGAAAUGAAUGGAUCAAAAUAUUUUUUAAAAUUGAUCUCAAACAGGCGUACCAUCAACUGGAAUUGAAAGAAGAAAGUCGGUACAUAACUACAUUCUCGACGCACGAAGGCCUAUUUCGCUACAAACGACUGAACUACGGAACGAACAGUGCGCCAGAACUUUUUCAGAACAUUUUGCAACAAAAUCUUAGUGACAUUCGUGGAGUAAAGAAUAUUGCAGAUGACAUCAUUGUUCACGGGAAAACGCGAAAGCAACAUGACGAAUCAUUAGAGAACUGUUUGAAACGACUAGCUCAACUCAACUUAAAAGCGAAACCCGAGAAGUGUAGUUUCCUGCGCAAAGAGAUUAAUUUCUACGGUUUAAUUUUUACGGCAAAUGGAACAAGAUCAGAUCCAGCAAGAAUUGACAACUUAGUCAGAGUCAGCGCUCCAAAGAAUGCCAGUGAAGUACGUAGUUUCUUGGGUUUGGCGAACACGUGUCGUGAGUAUGUUCCAGAGUAAGCCGUAAUUACUACACCAUUGCGGGAUCUCACAAAGGAAAGUGUUGCUUUCACUUGGAACCACACCCACCAAAGAGCCUUUGAGCAGAUUAAAAAGAAACUGACACAUGCCCCUACCAUGGCAUAUUUUGAUACCGAGAAGAGAAGCUUGCUUAUUGUUGAUGGAUCCCCUCUCGGAAUUUGUGCUAUUUUAGCCCAACGUGAGAAGUCAGGAGAGUCGUAUCGCAUUAUCUCCUACGCCAGCAGAGCCCUGUCUCCAGUCGAAAGUUGAUAUUCACAGACUGACAUCGAAGGGUUGAGCCUAGUGUGGGGGAUAGAACAUUUCCGACUGUUUCUCCUGGGUACUAAAUUCGAUGUUUAUACUGACCACAAAGCUCUGGAAGCAAUCUUCAAUAAUCCAAGAUCAAAACCCCCAGCUCGUAUUGAACGCUGGAUGCUACGACUGCAACCGUAUAACUUCCGUGUGAUUUACAAGAAAGGAACAGUUAAUGAAGCCGAUUACCUGAGCCGUCAUCCUACCACCGCUCAACGAAAAACUACAAUCGAAGAAAAGAUUGCAGAUAAUUAUGUGAACUAUAUCAUUAACAAUGCUGUACCGAAGUCAAUGACACUUCAAGAAAUCAAGGAAGCCACCUUGUCGGACACCAUUCUAAAGAAAGUUUUAGAAUGCUUGAAAUCGGGAAAAUGGGAGGAGAAAGAUGUGGAACUGAAAGCUUAUCAAAUGUGCGCGGAAGAACUAACAGCAACGAAAGCAGGAGACCUUCUUCUCAAGGGUAGCAGAAUUGUUAUACCAAAAGCGCUACAAGACCGUGCGACGCAACUCGGACAUGUCGGACACCAAGGAAUAGAAAAGACUAAGGCGUUAUUGAGAGAAAAAAUAUGGUAUCCUGGAAUGGAUAGUAAAGUAAAGAUCCUCGUUGAAAACUGUGUUGCCUGUCAAGCUGUUGGUCCAAGUAAUCCUCCUGAACCUAUGAGAAUCACUCCUACAGCGACGGAGCCAUGGCAAAGCUUAGCAAUCGAUUUUUAUGGUCCUAUACCACACAGUGGACAAUACUUACUUGUCGUGACUGACACAUACUCUAAGUUUCCAGAAGUAGAAAUUGUUACGUCAACUUCAGCGAAAGCCUGCAUCCCGAAGUUAGACUGCAUAUUUGCAACUCAUGGUAUCCCGAAAAAGAUUAAAACUGAUAAUGGACCACCUUUUAAUGGGAAUGAUUUUAAAAGAUACAUGGCUGCCUUAGGAAUUGAGUGGAAAACAAGCACUCCGUUGUGGCCCCAAGGCAAUGGAAAUGCCGAAAGUGUGAUGAAACCGUUAGGAAAAGUGAUAAAAACUUCCAUGUUAGAGGGAAAGAAUUGGAGACAAGAACUUCAAAGAUUUCUAUUAAAUUACCGCUCAACACCGCAUGCCACUACAAAGAUACCUCCAUGUGAACUACUAUUUAAUCGAAAGGUGCAAGGAAGUCUACCCGAGCUGUCAACACAAAAUGUCGUAAACAAGCACCAAAAGGCCAAGGAAAACAUUGACAAGAAGAAGAUUAGUAAUAAGCAGUACUACGAUGCCAAGAAAAACACCAAGACAUCCAAGAUCAAGAAAGGGGACAUUGUUAUUUGUAAACAGAAACCAAACAACAAGUUAUCUCCAAGAUUCAAUCCCGAGCGAUUUACGAUCGUGGAGAGGAAAGGCGCAACAGCUAUGGCACGAAAUGGCAGACGCACCAUCACGCGUAAUGUAACUCAUUUCAAAGUAGUUAAACCUGUAGACGAACAAAGUAGUGAUGAAGAGAAGUCAACUACCGUGGAAGAUGUACAGGACAACAGGGUCGGAGAUGAUAUGCAGGACUUUAUAGAAGAAAGUCACCCGAUAGCAAGAAGAUCAACGAGAAAUCAAAGACCUGUAAAUAGAUUUGGUCACUCAAUACCAUCGGGACUUAUUUCAUAGAACUUUA